AUGAAAGACGUCAACAAUUUCAAAGUUGAUCCAACUUCAAUCGCUGAAACUGAUAACAAAAACCUGCGAACAAGAGAUCCUGUUUUUCCUGAACAAGAUAUAACACUCUCCUGCCCUGACAACCCCCUUGGAAAUGUAGACUGGAAAUUUCAAGGAGAAAUCAUACAGCAAAGCAGUCGUUAUGUGUUUUUAUUAGAGCGUCGCUCCCUCGUGGUCAAGAAUGUUACCAUCAAAGAUAACGGUGCCAUGCCAUCCAUAGAAAAUUGUUUCUCAGACGCAUACGACUGCUUACGAAUCAAAUGCGUCAUAAUACUUACAUUUAGAAAUGAGACGCAGCCUAAAAACUUCAAUGAAAUGGGGAAAGUUGUGGGUCCUGCAACUUUAACAGAUUUUGUGAUUAAAUUGACAAAUGCCACCAGAGCCAAUUUCGUAGAUGUAGUUCAAUCUCAAGCUACAGUUUCAACAAUUGUGGAAAUGCUAAACGAAAUUGCAGUCAUCUCCCAAAAUACUUUGCUGGAUGAAGUUGUGUUAACGAAUUUCCUCAAUAUCGUGGAUGUCAUUUCAUCAGAGUCAGCGAAACCUGUAUGGGUAGGGUUAAAUUCAAAUGCCGCAAGCCAAGGCGACAGCUCUCAACUCCUGAAUUCCAUUGAAAAUGUUAUAAAAGCGAUAUCAGACACAAACUUCAACAUAACGAGUCCAUCCAACUCAUUCCUGUUCAAAAAAGUAACAACAUCCGUAGACUAUAGGGAUGUAUUGAGGCUCAACUCAACCGCUGAAAUUUUCAUCCCAGAUAUUACAUCUACUCAUAAAAAUAUUACCAUCACAGCAGUGGCCUUUUCUUCCUUGGGCAACGUUUUGCCUGCAAGAAAUCGGACAGAUAACCUAAAUGAGACUGAAAAUGUCAUCAAUGGACUCAUUGUUAUAGUGAAUACAAGCAAACCUAUUAACAAAAUAGAGCUGAGCUUUGAAAAACGCAGUAAUACAGUAGCUCGUAACAAUAAUUCAGUAAUUUUAGGGAACCCUCAAUGUGCUUUCUGGGAAUUUAACCUAUUUAAUAGGACUGGAGGAUGGGACUCAACAGGAUGUGAGGUCAUAAGGAUAAACGGCAAUGUCACUUGUCGUUGUAAUCACACCACUUCAUUUUCAAUAUUGAUGUCCCCUUAUGCUCCUGACGAUCUCUCCUUGGCUGUCAUUACGUAUGUUGGUGUUGCCAUUUCGAUAGCCAGCUUGGUUGUGUGCCUGUUCAUCGAAAUGAUCAUCUGGAAGGAAAUAUCCAGAAACUCAACGUCAUAUUUACGGCAUGUAUGCUUAGUCAAUAUUGCUCUUUCUCUCCUGAUCGCUGACAUAUGCUUCAUUAUCGCGGCUGCUAUCGCAAAGCCCGGGGAGGACUAUAAUAUUAACUCGUGCAGCGCUGUAGUGUUUUUCACCCACUUCUUCUACCUGGCCCUCUUCUUCUGGAUGAUGGUCUCAGCCCUUCUGCUCCUCUACCGCACCAUCAUGGUGUUCUCUCAGAUUUCCACAUCGUUAAUGAUGGCGAUUGCCUUCAUCGUGGGCUAUGGCGCACCUCUCCUCAUCUCAGUUAUUACCGUCGCCUCCACCAGUGGAAGUCAAGCAUACGUCACACAGAAUGGGACAUGCUGGCUGAACUGGGACAUUUCCAGGAACCUUCUGGCCUUCGUCAUACCAGCUCUGGUCAUUGUGGCGGUCAACAUUGUUGUCAUAAUUAUAGUCGUGGUGAAAAUGCUCAGAGGAAGAGUAGGAGAGAGCAACAGAGGUGAAAAGAACGUCUUGGUGGUCAUUCUCAGAAGUGUGGCCAUUUUGACGCCCCUCUUCGGCAUCACAUGGGGUCUCGGAUUGGGCAUUGUGAUAGAGCCUAAAGCUUUGGCCCUCCAUUACCUGUUUACAAUCUUCAACUCCUUGCAGGGCUUCUUAAUAUUGGUCCUUGGAUUACUGAUGGAAAAGAAGGUUCGGGAGACACUUAAAGCGAGAUUCACUAGACUCACUGGAUCCCGUGCCUCAUAUAGCCUGGAAGCCAACACCCACAGCAGUUCUUCCAACAGAACGACUCUCACGGAUGUUUUCAACACCAUUCUGAGAAGAGGCAGGAAUGCUAGGGCAAAUAUAAACUCCUCAAACAGCCACGAAAGUUUUCUGAACGCUUAGCCGGACAGAACAGACGGACGGCUUAAUUUCCUGUUCGAAUGCUUCUCUAUCGCAGUGCCUCGGGCACAACUUCUAACUGAGAGUGUUUGAUUUCUGUCUAGACUUCUUGAACUAUACAUACAAUCCCUUCCUGAAUGCUACAACUUGAAUAUUAAGUAAUUUUCUGUUUUCUAUUGGUCAACCAGAUUGGCCAAGUUAGAUUAAAACAUCUAUUUUUGAUCUGUACACACUGUUUUAUGAAAAUGGAAAUUCAGUUCUGGUUUCUGUUUGAACACUGUUUACUGUACCAACACUUUAUCCUUCCUCUCUAUUAAAUCCAUC